CCCCGUCGCGUCUGAAUGCAAUCCACAGUGACGCAGCAAAAGGCUGCGCGGAAUUUGCGCUGCGCACGUUUCCACUGCGCAGGUUUGUGGCCCCUAGCUGCUGUGGCCUCGACAACGUCUUCAGUUGUGACAGGACCGUUUGGCUCGAUUGACCGUUGGCUGUAUGUUUUCAGAUUCCGUUGCUCCUGCCAGUUUCUUCGCGGGCAGACUCACGCCUCAAGGUUCUUCAUUUUGGUAGUCAUGUCCGAUUGGAGCGACUCAAGUGACGCGGCCGACAGCGACACUUCAGACAUCCUGCCGCGGUUCUCAAGGCACUGGGAUGAGAAGGCCGCCGCAAAGCGCGCGAAGGCUGAACACUCGUCCCCCUGGAUGUGGUACUACAAUCUGACCGCGAAACAGCGACGCGCCGAGGACGAAAGGAUCGCGAAGAAAUUGGCCCCCAAGGCGGCGGAAUUUCGCGAAAUCGAGGAGUUCGAGCUCACCUACGUGCCGUUCGAGUACCGCACGCGCGGCAGCUCGCUGAGCCCCAACACCCCGCCGCCAAGGGGGCUGCGCGUGCCGGCGAGCAGUACGGUCGUCCCGGCUUCUGCCGAAGCGUCAACCAGCAAGGCGGGCCUCCCAGAGACUCCUCGUGAGACGCCUCGCGAGCCGCCUCGCAAAGCGCAGCCUCACAGGCGAGUCUUGUUUCGACUGACGGAUGGCUCGGUCGUCUCGAGCUCCGACGACGAGGACACGCAUGUGUCUAGAAGCUCGCGUAAAAGGCCAGUCUGCAGCAACGACGCCGACAAGGACGUCUGUAGCCCGCCGACUGCGUCGGAGGGCCGCGUCAUCAGUUCGGGCACCGACGACGACGCUGGUGCGAGCGGGCGCGUCGCGCCGCUCUGCAGAGCGCGGGAGACGUCUGGCGCGUUGCCUCGCAGCGUCCGGGAGGAGGACGUCGACCGUGAUAGCAGCGGCGACGCGGAGCGCGCAUCCUCCACGUCACUCACGAGAGCCGACGUCAUCCGAAAGAGGAGGGAGAGGAUCGAAAGGCAGCGCAGUCUCCUCGAGGAAAUUCGCUCCGGGCGCCGCAGUUCCAGCGACGAAUCGAGCCGCAAGCGCAGCUUUCGCCGCUCGUCCGUCGUAACGCCGACAGACCGAAGCGUAGCAGGUCGUCUGAGUAGCGUCCGCAGGAAGCUGUUGGCCACUCCUUCGCCGACGUCCAGUGCGGAGGACCCGCUGCUUGGCUUGGAGCGGGGCCAGACUCCGCCCUCCUUAGGUCUCUCUUCGGACGAGUCGGCGAGCAUCAGCUUCAUGAGGGCACGGGCGAGAACCUCCAGAGGGCCUCUGCACGUGUGGCACUCUACCCCGCACGGGGCCCCACGUAGGUUCGUCUCCUCGCGCGACAUCAGCACGGCCGACUCGGCCGCCUUGCUCGGGACGCUUGUCAAGGCAGCGAGUGCCGAGAGGAGGCAGCGCGCGGACCGCAGGUUGCAGGCCCUGGAUCGCGGGGAGACGCUGGUCAUCAGCCAGCUGCUGCCCGAGUUGCAGGAAGGGACCACUUUCGGUGGGCAGCCACCAACUGGGCUUCCCAGCGCCGCUGCCAGCCCAGCCUCGCGCAGUCAUGACGAGAGCUCGAUCAGUCGGAGGAGCGUCGGCGCAGCGGAGUGGAGCAUCGUGAUGCGCUUUGGCGUCGGCUCCAACCGCGAGCGAGUCCUGCUGUCCGACGCGCUGUCGCCAUUGUCGGCCAUCGCCAAGUUCGGCGUGCGAAGUCGUUCUCGCACUUCCCAAGCUGCGCAAGACCCGCUGCGCGAACAGCGUGGACAGGCGCCCGCCGCACGCGACUACGACUCGGGGCCCGCCACCCUGCUCCAGCAGCUGCUCAAGCACUGCCAACAGGAGGCGCCGGUGACGUUCGAGGUCGCGCUGCGGCUCACCGACGACUGCCACCGGUGUCUCAAGCUGGGCGAAGGCUGCACGGCGGACGUCUACCGCAUCCGGAGGCUCAGCGGCGACGAGAGCGCCGUCAAGGUGAUCCCCGUGGGCGGCGGCCGCAACGAGGACGGCGAACUGCCCAUGUCGCUGAGUAGCGUCAUCCUCGAAUGCGUCAUGACCAGGGAGCUAAACAACCUGCGCUUUAACGAGACCAACCAGUCAGCUAACUUCAUCGAGCUCAAGAGAAUUUAUUGUGUCCGAGGAACUUACCACCCCGUCCUGAUGAAGAGCUGGAAGGACUACGACAACCAGUUCUGCUCCGAGAACAGCGACCCGGCCUUAUUUCUAGAGACCCAACACUACGUCCUGCUCGAGUUCGAGUUUGGAGGAAAGACGCUGGAACGCUCCAAGAUAACGAUCGAGCAGUUGGAGAGCGUUUUUCUGCAAGUCGCCUGCUCGCUGGCUGUGGCCGAGCCCGAGCUCGAGUUCGAGCACCGGGACCUCCACUGCGACAACGUGCUGGUGAAGCCCACGGAGCUGGAGUUCGCCGAGUUCGUGCUGCACGGCCGGAAGAUCCAAGUGCGCACUGCUGGCGUCAAGGGGUCCGUGAUCGACUACACGCUGUCGCGGACGCGCAUAGGUGGACAGGUGUACUUCACGGACCUCUCCAAAGACUCCGCUAUAUUCCAGGGAACGGGGAGCUUCCAGUACGACAUCUACCGGAUCAUGAAGGAGCACAACGGUGACGAUUGGGAAGCCUUUCGCCCGCACACCAACGUGCUGUGGCUUCAUUACUUGCUGACGAAGAUGUUCCAGAAGCUGCCCAAGGACAAAGCAGGCCGCGGAGGUCUUGGUUCCUCCCCUUCUCGCAGCCGACUGGCCUCCUGGAUGGAUGCGAUCCUGUCCUUCCCGUCGGCCGAGCAGUUUGUGGUGGAGCAGGUCAUUCCACUCCUCGAACGCGACGCCGAGACACCGCGCAGAGCGGCCGCACACUGAGGAGCCGCACGCCAUGAAUCUUAGGGCGCAACGCUAAGUGCGCCAUCGUGCACUUAGCGAUCUAUGAAUAUGUAUGAAAAAAGAAAAAAAAUCGAAAGAAAAAACAAAAAAAAACGUUAUAUAUAAUAUAUUUUCAUGCGAAACUCUGCAUGGUUUAGUUUAUCGGAAAAGGUUAUCUUCCCACAAUCUGUCUUUGUUAAUUAUGUUUAGAGCCACAUAAAUUUAUUUGUUUCAAAAAUGGCGCGCUGCAGUUCAACUUUGCGACUUUUAGUUUUUUAAUUGUUUUGUCGAGUAAAGAUGUUCUGUUCACUUCUAUGUUAAUUUUAAAUUUUAGUUAUUUAUGUAUUGCGAUUUUAUUUAUUCAUGGAAUAAAGAUCACAUGUAUGCUCCGA